GCAGCAGCUACAGGGACACACACACAUACAGGUGAGCCGCCUCCCUGCACUCAUCAGGGCACCGUGUGAGCUCAGCAGGAUUAGAAAUGUUCCUUUUUUACGCAAUUUGAUUAUCAAAAAAAGAUUUAAUCGUUAACUAAGGCGAGAGCCCGGGGGACAAGUCUGACAAGAAAGAGAGAGACUUCAAGUGGAACUGAGAUCUCCAGCUUGGGACCGUGCACAGUUGCCUCUGAACAAGUCCCUGAUAAUCACUUCCAGACUCUCAGUGUGGUGGGACCCUCCCAACUGUGAACAGCGUGGCCAUGCCAAUGCCGGGGGUGUACCAGAAGAUAGCAGAAGGCCAGCAGGUCCAAAGGAGGAUUGGAACAGUGGAAAAUCCCAAGAAAUUUAAAGGGCAAGACUUUGACUCAAUCAGGGAAACCUGCUACAGCAGGAGGCAACUGUUUGAGGAUGAAACGUUUCCCGCGCACAUGAACUCCAUCGGCCAAAAAGUGCUGCCCAAAGACCAGCUGCUCAGCGUACAGUGGGAGAGGCCAAAAGAAAUUCAGAGAGAUGCCCGGCUCUUGGUGGAUGGGGCGAGUAUCUUUGAUAUUGUCCAGGGUCAAAUAGGUGACUGCUGGGUUCUGUCUGCUGUCGGGUCUUUGACUUUGCACCAGAAAUUUCUAGAUAAUGUCAUCCCCAAAGAUCAGGAGUUUAAUUACAAAUACGCAGGUGUCUUCCACUUUAGGUUCUGGCAGUUUGGUGAGUGGGUGGAUGUGGUUAUAGAUGACCGGCUGCCGAUGCUGAAUGGAAAGUACCUGUCUGUCCAGCCACGCAGUGGCAAUGAAUUCUGGCCCGGCCUGCUGGAGAAAGCCUACGCCAAACUUCAUGGCUCCUACCAGAACCUGCAUUGGGGUUACAUAUCAGAAGCCCUGGUAGAUUUCUCAGGAGGGGUGCAAGUGGAGUUUGAUCUAAUGAGGCCCCCACAAGAUCUGAGGGACAUUGUUAUAGCAGCUGCCAAAACGGGUUCACUUUUGGGCUGUAUCACUCCUGGCAAUAAACGAUCUGGAAAUCCAGAGUUGAAAAAUGGGCUUGUGCAGGGUCAUGCCUACACCGUGACUGAUGCUACAAAGGUGGAGUACAAGAAUGGUACAGAAGAUUUGAUCCGUAUUUGGAAUCCCUGGGGGAAGGGAGAAUGGAAUGGACGAUGGAGCGAUAAUUCACCUCAGUGGGACCAGGUCAGAGCCGAUAUAAGACACAAGCUAAAUGUUCAAAAGAACGACGGAGAAUUUUGGAUCUCCUGCCAAGAUUUCCUGCAGAAUUUCAGCUUUGUGAGUAUUUGUAAUCACACUCCGGCGUAUUUUGACUUUGAGAACCCAAAACGCGCUUGGCAGGAGCUCACGUACUUUGACCGCUGGGUGAAAGGAAGCACGGCCGCCGGCUGCAGCACCUCAGAGGACCUGUGGAGGAACCCCCAAUUUGUGAUAUCAGUGUCGGACUCUGAAGGGAUGAAUAGGGGGUAUAAUGUGACUGUGGCGCUAAUGCAGAGCCUGGAGAAUCAGAAUAAGUACAACCAGGAAUGGAUGGGCAUUGGCUUUGCAUUUUGCAAGGUGGCAUCCAAGGGUGUGAAGAGUUUAUCUCAGCAGAAUUAUUCUCCAAACCAAGCUGUGGAUGUCAUCAAUACAGAGAUACAAAUAAGCCGUGAAAUCACUCGCUCAUUUAGGGCUCCUCCCGGGACGUAUGUUGUUAUCCCCUUCACCCAAAGUAAAGGCCUGGAGUCCGAAUUUCUCUUACGGAUCUUCUUGAAAACAAAAGAGAUUGAUAAAUUUCAAGACACUACAUUGGUUCCAAGGGAAGGGAACCAAACGUACCCCAGUGAUUCUAGAUUAAGGUACCAAGACACAAAACCUAAGCCCAGGGAUGAAAAACAAAUAUUUAACCCUAAUGAAAUCAGAGCAAGGAACCAGAGCAACAGUUCACUCCCCAGAGAAGAGAACCAGUACCAGUAUGCGAGUGAUGCCGGCUUAAGUGAGUUUAGCUCCAGCCUCAGCAUGAACUCCCAGAUUCCCAAGGCUGUGCUGAAGAAAUAUCAAGAUGACGGCUAUGAAAAAGUUUUUAUCCGUUACUGUAAUAAGAGCUCGGAAUUAUACGCAGAACAGCUACAGAAACUCCUGAAUGAGGUGUUAAUUAAAGAUCAGACUUUCAAUGCCAGCAGAGGAGACUUCACCUUGGAUGCCUGCCGGGGGAUCCUAAUGUUGAUGGAUCUUAAUGCCAACGGCAGGCUUAAUCUGCAAGAAUUUGAGCGCCUCUGGAAACGACUCAGUAUGUGCAAAGACAUAUUCAGAUCCAUAGAUCUGAACCAGACAGGAUUCGUUGAUGCCUCCGGUUUGAGGAAAGCAGCUCAACUUACAGGGCUGCCAAUCAGCAACGCUGUUAUUAACGUCAUGGUCCUGAGAUACGCCAACUCCUCAGAAAAGCUCAACUUUGCCGAUUUUGUCUGCUGCAUUAUACGCCUGGAAACUGUAACAAAGGUAUUUAAGAACCUUUCAAAGGAUGGCAGAGGGGUUUACCUAAGUGGAGAAGAGUGGAUGCAGAUAAUAAUGUCCAGUUGACAUCAAUCGAAGCCCCUUGUAGCUGGUUAGAAUUUUUGGAAUUUGGAACAGAUUUAUGAUGAUCUCAUGGUGACACAUAUCCACUCACAUAACAACGGACGACGGAGAAUUUUUAGGAAAGAUACUUGGGGGGGAUUUUUUCCCCUUGUUCUGUGCAGCGUCAGGAUGAAACAUGACAAUUAUAGUUGGGUUCUUAAGAUUACAGCGUGUGCCUGGCUUGCUGGACAUUUUAUCUGCACAUAUGCGCUCACUGUGAAAGUCAAUUUCAGGGCCAAUUUCAGGGUUAAAUGAGCAGGGUUAAAUACACGGAAUUAACUGUAAACUAUAAAUUCAAUUUAAAAAAAUUGCUGUUUGCUUUUGUAGUUUGGUCUCUGGAUCAGUCACUGGGCCUCUCCAUCGUGUGUUAUUUGUAUAAGGGGUAAUGGACCCCCUAUUUCAGGUAAAUAUUAAAGAUUUGCUGCAAUAGCACCAGCUGCCAGCAGAUGGCAAUGUUCACCAGUUCAGCUUGACAGAAGGAAGAGAAGACUGAAUCCGAUUCUGCAUUAGUUAUAUCUAAAAGAGAAGUUGCUGUGGGCACAAAAUCAUUUUGUUGGUUGUAAAUAAGUCUAAUUCACUGUUUUGCACACACUUGGGGCACACUCACUGCUUUCCACUCACUCACACCCUUUAGAAACCGAUGAACAUUGGUGUCCAGUCUUUUAGCUGUUUGUGCUCAGACUGCAUAGAGCUGUGAUAGAGCAAUACUGCCCUCUAGUGACCAGCUGUAUGGACACAGCCUGCAGUUAAAAGCUGGACACUCAAACAUUGGGUCUCUGUGAGCUCCAGCAUCAGAUAAUUCAAGUAAUAAUACUAAUACAGGUAUGGGACCUGUUAUCCAGAAUGCUCAAGGGUUUUCCGGA